AUGAUGAUGCGAAGUGACAGCAUUCAGUCAUCACAUAUUAUUCCGGAUGCAAUCCGUGUUGCCAUGCGUGCAAUAGAUGGUUCCACGGCAACAAACGCUACGUACGUAGAAACUGUACUGCCUGAUGAACAUGAAAGCGUUUUUAUGGAGCAUCGACUCAUAACAUUUACAUCAAUCACAAAGCAAGAGACUUUGUAUAGUGAAAUAAUGGAAGAUGAAAUACCUGUGGAUAAAAGCAGUGAAAUGGAAAUGGGAGUGGAACACGAGCAUCAUAUUUCACAUCAUCAGGAGAGUCGACAAACAAUUGGCAAGAUAAACGAUGAACUAAGAUUCUCGAUCAUUGAUGCUGUUUAUCUUCGGCCUGCAAUUUGGGAUCACGGUCGAGAACUGAGAAAUUUGGGUCAGAGAAAAGAUCAUUUUAUCGAAAUUGCUGCACUUCUUAGCACCGACGAAAACUUGCUUUCUUGUCACGAUAUAGAGAAACAGUGGAAAAAUUUGAAAGACUCAUACUUUAAACUACGGAAGAAGGUAAAAAUAGAUGCCUCUGGAAAACUGGUACAGCCACGUUGGAAAUAUUUUUCGGCUAUGAUGUUUCUUGAUCGGCUCAGCAAUGGCAACGCUUCCUUUUCGGGAGCAAAUACUUCAAUGUGUGACGAAAUAAAUGAUGCGGCACUUGUUCGUCAAGAGUCCUUUCUUGGGAAGAGAAAUGGUGAUGGAAACUUGACAUCUGCUCCCUCCGGGAGACAUUUUGUUGAUGGGCGGUGCAGGAUAAAAAAGGCUAUGACUUCAACUUCAAACACUGUAGACGGGGAGUCAACGACGGAAUCGACAGUGCUCGCUGCAGAGGAUGAAUAUUCUGCAUUUUGUAAUUCAUUGAUCUAUCCGCUACGUGAGAUAGGCAGUAUGAAUCGACUGGAGUAUAUAAAAUUGCAAAAAGUGAUCCGUGAUGCAAUACAUGAAAAGCAAGUGGAAUUAUUAGAAAAUGAACCAGCAGGGCACUAA